GAUUUGGCGGCAGUGAAGUUAGAGAAGGAGGGAAGGUUUUGAAAAAUAAAAUAAGAUGAGGGCCUUUUUACAAUUUCGAAAAAGUUUACAAAUGUAGUUGUUAGACUAGAGGUGGACCUGGGGAUUCGUCAUUCGUGGGAACUACUGCGAAGUAGUAAUUGGGCUCCAUACUCUCUUUAGUUUUUACAAUUACUUGCUGCUUUUUCUUGGUUCGUCUCUCUCUUCAUCUGAAGAAAAAACCCCAAUCUUCUGUUCGCUAAUUCAACAUUCACUAAUCAAUGGGCUCUGAAGGAUCAAGAGUUGUUGUGCCUAGGAAUUUCAGAUUACUGGAAGAGCUUGAGAGAGGGGAGAAAGGGAUCGGAGAUGGAACUGUCAGCUAUGGAAUGGAUGAUGCAGACGAUAUUUACAUGCAAUCAUGGACAGGAACUAUAAUUGGGCCCCCAAAUACUGUUCAUGAAGGUCGUAUUUACCAGUUGAAAUUGUUUUGUGGAAAGGAUUAUCCAGAUAAUCCUCCAAGUGUAAGGUUCCAAACACGGAUAAACAUGACUUGUGUCAAUCCUGAAAGUGGAGUGGUGGAACCUAGUCUUUUCCCUAUGCUUGCUAAUUGGCAGAGAGAGUGCACAAUGGAGGACAUAUUGACUCAAUUGAAGAAAGAAAUGAUGUCACCACAAAAUCGGAAGCUCGCGCAGCCUCCUGAAGGAAAUGAAGAAACGAGGAUGGAUCAAAAAGGGCUUGUGCUGAAGUGCUGUAUUCUGUAAGUUGCGUGAAAGUUGUAUGAACAAUAAAUUGUAUAUAGAUAUAUACUAUUGCUCGUACUGGCUUAGUUCCACCGAUAUAUAAUCUUGUGUAUGAGAGAUGACCUUGGUUCCAUCACAUGGUUGCCAAAUAAAUUAGAACUCCAUGAAUUGUUAGCAGUAA